CUACUAUCAACUGGCCUUGGUGCAAAGGUUGGAAUACAGCAAAUGAACUAUGAACAAAUUCUACCUCACACAUGCUAAACCCUGACCACACUAAAGGAUACAGUACAGGAAAAUCGCUGCAGCAUGGAACAAAUUCUAACAGUACCCGUGCUAAUCGGGAUAUCGAUAGUGGUGAUCACGGCCCUCUUCCUCCUCCUAAAACCAGGAGGCUCCAAUGGAGGCCGGAAGCAGAGCAAGUUCCCAAAGACCUUGCAGGAUCCCAAUGUGAAAUAUCCUUUGCCACUCACAGAGAAGGAGGAAAUCAAUCACGACACAAAGAAAUUCCGGUUUGGUCUUCCGUCCUCUUCUCACGUACUUGGUCUCCCUAUUGGUCAGCAUGUUUACCUGUCUGCAAAGGUGAAUGGGAAUCUGGUUAUCCGUGCGUACACACCUGUGUCCAGCGAUGAGGACCAGGGACACGUUGAUCUAGUCGUAAAGAUCUACUAUAAAAACACUCAUCCAAACUAUCCUGAGGGAGGAAAGAUGUCUCAGUACCUGAAUGAUAUGAAGAUUGGAGACACCAUUGACUUUAGGGGUCCAAAUGGAUUACUGGUAUACACUGGAAAUGGGCGGUUUGCUAUUCGACCUGAUAAAAAAUCUGAGCCCAAAGCGCGGAGGUUCAGACACGUGGGCAUGAUUGCUGGAGGAACAGGCAUCACUCCGAUGCUGCAGCUGAUCAGGAGUAUAACCGCGGACCCUGCUGACAACACCAAGUGCUCCCUUAUAUUUGCCAACCAGACUGAGAAGGACAUAUUGUUACGCAAAGAGCUGGAUGAAGUUCACAGGAGCCACCCUGAUAAACUCGAUGUGUGGUACACACUGGACAAACCCUCUGAAGGGUGGAAAUACAGCAAAGGGUUUGUUGACGCUGACAUGAUAAAAGACCAUCUCCCGCCUCCGGCCAGCGAUGUGCUCAUCGUGAUGUGCGGUCCACCCCCCAUGAUCCAGUACGCGUGUCUGCCAAACCUCGACAAGCUGGGCUACAAAACAGAGAACACUUUUGCAUACUAAGUCUCCUGCCACUGAUAUUGCACAAAUAAAUUCUGACGAUUUGUAAAA